AUGGCUGCACCAGAUCACAAGGACACCACCGACUUGGUGGGCACCUGGACGUUUCAAGGUGUCCCAUGGGUGGUCCGCAAAGUCUUGCGAUAUGCGUCUCUGUCGAUGGAGAUCACGCAGACCACAUCUCUUCCAGAAACCAGCGAGGAAAACGUAAAUGAAAUUACGAAUGGGAACGGCGAGUCUCAUGAUGCAAAGGGGCCGUUCGCGACUCUUCACAUAAAACAGACUGUGCAUCCCGGAGGCUUUGACAGUAUUGGAUCUUACCCGGUCGAUGGAAAACCCCAUGACUUUUCGCUUCCUAUCUUUGGCGACGUGAGCAUGCAGCUGCGGUAUGUCAAUGCCGACGAAGUGCCAGAUGAGACUCUUGCCCAGAGACUGGGUGAGGGAAGCCCAUCGAAGACUGUGAUUGAUGAAGUGGCCCACAAUACAUCCAAGGGAUGGCAGGGCCGGGUGAUGUGGGGGUUUGAGAUUGUGGAUGGAAAGAGGUAUUUCACUCGCAACGUCACAACGACAAAAGCCGGUGCGACAGUGAUUGCCCGGAUGGUGUAUGAUUUUCAGAAAUAG